CAGCAUCUGGGGUUUUAACCGUCGCGGGGGAAGGGCGGUCUUCUCUUUUUCUCGGGAGCUCUUGGGUUUCCGAACCACAGGAGCAGCUGAGUGCUUUUUGAUUUCCCCCUUUUGUUCCGUUUUUCGGGCUGGUCGAGAACGAGAUCCAGCCCCGGGAAAGACGGCGGGGCCGGCGGAGCGGCAAAUUUGAAACGCCGGCCAACCAAACACCAUUGGGCUUUCUUCCGAACGGCCUGUAUUGAUGGAUCCGUCUAUCUUCGGAUUUUAAUCUCGGCCGCCUCUCCACCGCUGGCCGUCGCUGCCUCUUCGCGGCUUGAGACUCAUUUGUACCGACAGAACGAGGGAGCCUGCCCACGGAGACGGGUUCUUCCCGCCUCGAGUCCGAGAACGGAGUCGAGGCGUCAGUCUCUUUAAAUGCCUCUUUCUUAAUUCUGUAGAUCGUCUGUUUUCCCCGUUUUCUGAGUCUUGGUGCGAUGGAGGGCCGGACUACCGCGGGGCGGGCCACCCCCGCAGGCUUCUGGCUGUUUUCUUGCUGUCUGGCCUCGCUUCUCUGGAGCGCAAACGCGCUCAUUCCUGCUGGGAAAUCUGCUGGAUCCUCUUUCCUCGCCGCUACUUCCUCUCAGCCUUCAGAGGAAGCUCCUCGCGAGUUCCCUGGGCACCUAAGUAACUCUCAAAUCGCUUCAGAAACAGGCAGUGCCCUGAAGAUCGAGGAAAUCGCCUCUUCCGGCUCUGCACCUGAAGUCAGUGGUGCAGCUGGCGCGUCUGCCUCCAAAACAAGCGAAAAACCUAUUCGGCCCUACCAUACUGGACCGAGUUCUCGCUCUUCUGCCUACUCAGCUAGUUCAGGAAUUCCCCUCUGUCACACCUGCAGCAGCUUCGAUGCCGCUAACGGCGGCUGCCGCUUGUGUGUCCACGGCGAGGUCGCCUCCGAUUUUUUGAUGCCGAUGAUGCCCAUUCGGAACAUCGACACGCAUCGAGAGGAGACUCUGUCGCGUCUGGAAGCGAAUCACCGGACGCAUUUGAACGAGAAGAAAAACUUCUACGUUCUUCGCGGAAAAGGACCUUUCGGUUCGCUUGGAAACCUUCCUGGAACCCCCGGGCUGGAUGCAGCGAUUGCGUUCGGUCUAAGCUCUCCCGACCUCCCUUCUGCCUCCUUUGCGCAAAUCAAAAAUAAGGAUUCGAGCGACUCCGGAGACGUCGCAGCAGUAGGGGAAGAGACCGAUUCUGCGGUCGCAGACGGGUCGAAGACUUUGGACUUGGAUUUGAAACUUGCAGAAACGUCCGUCCCCAUCCUGCAAAUGAAAGAUAGUCAAUACGUCGGAGUGAUUGGCAUCGGAACGCCUCCUCAGUUCGUCCAGCCUAUCUUCGACACGGGCAGCACGAAUCUCUGGGUCGUCGGUUCAAAGUGCACAGACGACACUUGCACAAAAGUCACCCGCUUCGAUCCGUCUGCGUCGAAGACCUUCAGAGCGGCAAAUCCGCCGGUGCAUUUAGACAUUACAUUCGGGACAGGACGUAUUGAAGGCAGCACAGGAAUCGACGACUUCACCGUUGGACCUUUCUUGGUCAAGGGCCAGUCCUUUGGCUUAGUCGAAAGUGAAGGUGGCCACAACAUGCACGGAAACAUCUUCAAGACUAUCAACUUUGAAGGCAUUGUUGGUCUCGCAUUCCCCGAAAUGUCCAGCACCGGAACUGUUCCCAUUUACGACAACAUCAUUAGCCAGGGCACUCUGAAGGAGAACGAAUUUGCUUUUUACAUGGCGAAGGGCUCCCAGGUUUCGGCUCUGUUUUUUGGUGGUGUCGAUCCGCGAUUCUAUGAGGCGCCUAUCCACAUGUUCCCCGUGACACGCGAGCACUACUGGGAGACCUCUCUGGAUGCCAUUUACAUUGGAGAUAAGAAGUUCUGCUGCGAGGAGGGCACGAAGAAUUACGUCAUCCUGGAUUCGGGAACAAGCUUCAACACCAUGCCUAGUGGCGAACUCGGCAAGCUGUUGGAUAUGAUUCCCUCCAAGGAAUGCAAUCUGGACGACCCUGAAUUCACCAGUGACUUCCCAACUAUUACCUACGUUAUCGGAGGCGUCAAGUUCCCUCUGACGCCUGAGCAGUACUUGGUGCGAAGCAAGAAGAACGAGUGCAAGCCCGCGUAUAUGCAGAUCGACGUUCCAUCUCAGUUCGGGCAUGCGUACAUUCUUGGUUCAGUCGCUUUCAUGCGGCACUACUACACUGUUUUCAGGCGUUCCGACGGGACACGGCCGUCUUUGGUCGGUAUCGCUCGCGCGGUGCACAACGACGACAACAGUGCGUACCUUUCGAAUGUGCUGAAUGAAUACCCCGGUGCGCAUAUUCGCAAAGAGGAUUUGAUGAUGGAGAGGUCGAUGAGUGCGCCGUCGAUGCGUGAAUUGUGAUAGAACUGUUAAGUGUCAUGUAAUGAUUUGUGUGCCACUGAAGCUGUACAACUGGCAUCCAAUGUGGUCCUGCGUUUUCCGAGGAAAAUUCCGUCUCGGCCUCUGACCGGGACGCUUAACGAAGUGUGUCAAGCGAUUGACGCGAACCGCAACAACUUGAACAGCAUUCAAAAUUUCGGCGACAAGAACUCUUCGUUGCUCAACGAGAAUGUUCAUGUCAAAGGUUUUGACCAACA